CCGAGAGGCGCGCAUCUGCCCCCAUCUCAGGCCUGCGCGAAGCGCUCAGAGCCCGGAUCCGACAUGACCCGAGUGUCUUGUGAGGUCCCGACUCGAUGUCCCAUCCGUGAGUUCAGUUCUUCGGCCCGCUCGUCUCCUGCCUGGCUCAUCUGCCGGAUAAGUGGAUGCGGGUUGCCAUUACACCACCAUCGGCAUUGUGAUGCGGGACUCCGUGUUGUGUUGUCGACCCUCCGUAACCUUGGUAUCGACGAGACUUGA